AUGGGCCUGGGGGGAGGUGGCGCUGGCGGCGGCGGCGGAGGUGGUCGGAACGUGGCCGAGGCGGCGCCGCUGCUGGCCACCCCCGCCGCCGCCAAGGCCAACGCACCCCAGCUGCAGCACCUGGCGGUGUGGGCGCCGCUGCCGCUGCUGGACGCCAUGGCCCUGGCGGCGGGCAAGGCGGGGCGCCACCCCGCGGUGCUGGCUUACGUGAUGCGCAGCCUGGAGGCGUGCCCGCCCGAGGACGUCGCUUUCUUCCUGCCCCAGCUGCUGCUGCGCUUUGACCAGGGCGGCGGCGGCGAGGGCGGCCUGGUGGAGCAGUUCCUGAUGGAUGCCGCCGCCCGCUCCGUCUACUUCGCCCACAUGCUGGUGUGCCAGCUGCUGUCGGAGGGCACGCCGCCGGAGGAGGCAUUCAACCCCACGGUCAAGCGCUCCAACUGGAGCCCGCCCACCGACUCUGGGCUGUGGGCGGUGGCCGACCGCGUGCGGGGGCGGCUGCUGGGGGAGCUGCACGGCGCGGUGCGGGAGCGGCUGGAUGCUGAGCUGGCCUUCUUCGACGAAGUCACCGCCGUGUCGGGCAAGCUGUACCCGGUGCCCAAGGACGAGCGCAAGGCGGCCGCCGUCAAGUUUCUGGAGGGGAUUGAGGUGCCGCGCCAGGACCUGUACAUACCCACCAACCCAGACUGCCGCGUGCUGGCGCUGAUCCCGGAGAGCGCAGCGCCCAUGCAGAGCGCCGCCAAGUGCCCCAUCCUGGCUGCCUUCCGGUGCGAGCAGGCUGACGAUCUGGGCAGGCGGGAGAAGGUGCAGGCCUGCAUCUUCAAAGUAGGGGACGACUGCAGGCAGGAUGUGCUGGCGCUGCAGGUGAUGCGGCUGCUCAAGGGGGCGUUUGACCGGGCGGGCCUGCCGCUGUACCUGGCGCCGUAUGGCGUGGUGCCCACCGGCCACGAGCAGGGCAUCAUUGAGGUCAUCCCGCAGGCCAAGAGCAGGGCGCAGCUGGUGAGCGGGGCGGGCGUGUGCGGCAACCUGGGCUUUGAGACGGCCCCCUUCAAGCUGUCGUACGAGAUGACGCAGCUGCUGGACCCGGGGGCCGCCCGCGACUCACCCACCUUCCGCCGCUUCAGCGAGCUCGCCAUCCGCGGCUUCCUGGCCGCCCGCAGCGUGGCGGAGUCGGUGGUGGCCACGGUGGCCAUGAUGGCGCCCAGCCAGCUGCCGUGCUUUGGGUACGGCAAGCCCGUGGACAGCCUGCGGGCGCGGUUCAAGCUGGAGCUCAGCGACGCGCAGGCGGCGGCGUACAUGAAGGGGCUGGUGCUGCGGGCGUACGACAAGUGGACCACAGGCGGCUACGACUACAUCCAGUACCUCCAACAGAACAUCCCAAAGUAG